GUUACAUUUUACUAUCACACUGUAUAAAUGUCAUCCUCUUCUACUGAAAAAAGACAAGCACCAAAACCAGAACCAUUCAAUCCAUUGGCUGUGGCUAAGUAUCUUGGUCCCUCCAAUCCCAAACUUGAUCACCUUUUACGUUUCCUCAAUUCUGUCCGAGGUACUGAUAAAGUGUUGAUGUUUAUUCAGUAUUGGUCCAAGAUUCUGAUCUUCUUUUUACAACGACGAGGAGUAGCAAAACGCAUCUCAAACUUGGCGGGACCUGUGAGUGAUUUUCGGAUCUUAUUACGGUACUAUGGUCUUCUUCCCAUGGUACAAUACAUGAAUUAUAUUGAACAUCAUGCUCCUCCUAGCGCCUGGCAUCAAACAGUGGAACGACUUCAAAACUGGGCCAAUGUCAUCUAUUAUCCUUUGGAACACAUUUAUUGGUUAGGUGCACAUCAAGUCAUUCCAUUAUCUGAAGAAAAAACAAAUAAGAUUGGUAUGUGGUCAUGUCGAUUCUGGGCUACUUAUGUCGUAUUAGAAUACGUACGCUUAUUGGAACAAUAUCGAUUGUUACGUCGACGAGAAACUUCAUUGAUGAAACGUAUCAAGGCUGGUGAUGUUCAAACCGAUGAAGAUCCUGAAUUGGAAAUGGCCUUGAUUAAAAAGGAACGUACUGCUAUGGUGGUUAAUACUUGUAUCAAUUCUGGAUACUUACCCCUGACUGUUCAUUGGUCCCUUGAAAACUCUUCUUUCCCCGACGUCUUGGUGGGUGUUUGUGGUGGAUUUGCCUCUAUCUUCCAAAUUUAUGCUGCCUGGCGCGAUACUGCUUAGGUUUAGAUGAGUUGAUCCUCUUUCUUUAUCCUUUUUUUUUUUUUAAUAUGCUCCAUUCUACAUAUAUAUAUAUAUAUAGUAUUAUCUGUAUUUUAUUUCCUUGUUCGAUUUUGAAUAUCAUCUAUUUGAUCCCCUCUUUUUUUUUUUUUUUUCAGAAAAC